AUGGCUCAGUUUCUCUGGAUGGACUCAAUCUUGCAGAGGGGCUUUGUCCUUGUGUUCGUCUAUAUUGUCACCGUGACUGUCUAUCGCUUAUAUUUGAGCCCUCUCGCUAAGUUCCCCGGUCCUUGGCUUGCUGCGUCGACGCUUUGGUACGAGUUCUACUACGAUGUGGUCCAACGCGGAAGAUAUACUUGGAAGAUUCGGGAGAUGCAUAGAACAUACGGGCCCAUAGUCCGGAUCAACCCAUAUGAGCUGCACAUUGACGACCCAGAGUACUACGACGAGAUUUAUACUGGUCCAACUAAACGACGAGAUAAAUGGGCCUGGUCUGCGGCGAUGUUUGGGAAUUCUUCGUCCCAUUUUGGGACCGUGCCACAUGACCAGCACCGCCUACGGCGGGCACCUUUGAACCCUUUUUUCUCUAAGAGAUCGGUUACAAAACUCGAGCCCAUGAUUAAGUCGGUCGUAGAAAAGCUCUGUACCCGACUGCGAGGCUUUCAGCAAACCAAAGAACCAGUCAAUCUGCGUCAUGCUUUUGCCGCUCUGACCAUGGACGUUAUCACGGAUUACGCUUUCGCAAAGUCCUACAAUUGUCUUGACGAACCAGAUUUUGCACCCAUCUGGCCCGAGGCCAUCGAUUCAGUAUCCGAACAGAGUCAUAUUAAUAAGCAAUUCCCCUGGUUGCUGCCUGUGAUGAGGUUGAUGCCACUGUGGUUGGUGGCACGGCUCAACCCGCACAUAAUGCGCCUGAUCGGCUUUCAGAUAGACUUAGCCAAGCAAGUUUCAAAGGUCAUGGAAGAAAAUAAUAUGGACAGCCGGACUUCGGGCCAUCAAACCAUAUUCCAGGAACUUGUGCAGACCAGCGAGCUGCCACCAGAGGAGAAGAAGCUGCGGCACUUGGUCGACGAAGGACAAUCCAUCGUGGCAGCCGGUCAGGUGACGACGACUCAUUACCUUAAUACCACAGCCUACCACGUCCUUGCCAAUCCGGAGAUACUCUCAAAACUCAAAGCAGAACUCAGAGGAGCCAUGCCCAACGAGAGCUUGCCUCCCUUGCAGAAGCUUGAACAGCUCCCAUAUCUCUCAGCAGUAGUGUACGAGGGCUACCGCAUAUCCUACGGCGUCACCCACCGCCUCCAGCGGGUGUCUCCUGACGCACCGCUCAUCUAUCACGACAGCGUCAUCCCCGCUGGAACACCUGUAGGCAUGACAUCGAUCUUCAUGCACGAAAAUCCCAAACAUUUCCCUGAACCGAAGACCUUCAGACCACAGCGCUGGCUAGACCCGAGUGAGCGAAAUCGACUGGGGAAGUAUUUAGUGAACUUUAGCAAGGGAACCAGAGGUUGUCUGGGCCAGCACCUGGCGCAAGCAGAGAUCUAUCUCACUUUAGCAGCAAUGUUUCGGCGGUUCGAGAUGGCUUUGUACCAGACGACGAGAGAAGAUAUUGAUGUAGCGCACGACUUUUUCAAUCCACAGCCAAAGAAGGGAUCGAUGGGAUUGCGGGUCAUCGUGCAAUGA